AUGAAUGGGAACCAAAAUGGGAGAUCUGCUGCAAGUCAGAACAACAAUCAUCAGCACAGAGGCGACCCAAGAACCACUCCCACAUUCUCUCAAAGGCACUUGAACUGUCCAACCUUUGUUCCACGCCAGAGAACAGAAGAGCACAACAACAGAGAGCCGAUUGAAAUUCUUGUAGGAGAGUUCGGAAUUGUUCUGUGGGAGAGCGUGCACUCUCAAAAGUUGAUCAAAAUUUUGAAAACGUUUUUAUACCUUGGACAGGAGCCGAGGUUAAUUGGCUCAAAGUUCAAAGUGUGGAUGGUACUCUAUUCGAGUGUUCACGGAGAAAGAACUCUUCGAAAAAUGCUCGCCGUUGAAACAAAGACUCAUCCAUUCACACCGUACUACCCAGACAUACGGAAAUCUUCAGAAGAAUACAAUCUCGCACUGAAUAUUAAAGCUCUUCUGGAUAACUACACACAUCACAAAGCUCUCCGAUUCAUUGCGAAGACUCAUGUCUGGAACCUUCGACCACCACCUUUUGCUCAGCUUCCAUUUGCUCCAUACGGUAUGGAUGCGGUCCGGCAAUUCAUCAAAAUGGACGGAGAUCAUGCGAUAUACCGGGUCAUUGCGGAUAAAGGAGACAAGUAUAUUUUACUUGCUUGUCAUCUGAAUGUUCACGCUUUUCAUCGAGGAGAUCUUCGUUUCUUGGAAGUAAACUCUCGAACCAGAACGAAUGCAUCGGAAUACUCUUGUAUUGGAUACCUCGCACUGGGAGAUCUUGUGGCUGUCAGUGAAUUGGCAAAACAACCAUGGAUACCAAGGGAGAUGGGAUGCUGGAAGACAUCAGAUAUGAAUCAGGAGUCACCAUGCGUCUGGAUGGUCGUGAGAAUGACAGUUCUGAUGAGACAGAGAUUCGAUAAUGUUCCAUUUGUAUUUUUGAAUAAUGGAGCUGCAGUUGCACUCAAAUGGCGGGAACCGUUAACUGUCAAAACAGGAUAUAAUGGUAAUUUGGAAAACCGUGGAACAUUUGUGUUUGUUGGAAGUGGAUUCAUUGCUAUGCAAGUACCUGAAUUGGCUUCAGGCCACUCAAAGAUGCAGGAGACUCAGUUGCUGGGACUUUCAAAAGAAAUCACGAGAUAUCCAUGGUCCACUGGAACCAUCUUUCAUUAUGAGUUUAGCCCACACUUCACAAAUCAGAUGCACAUUGGUCAUUGUGCAUAUUCCAUUGCGAAUCCGGAUCCAAAUGGUGUUGUUGAGUUCUGUGCACUUAUGGGAGCAUCAGCAAGCUACGCGGUUUUAACUGGAAAUUUUGAUUGCCGCUCGUUCAAAAUGAUCAAUCCACAAAAGCUUGAGGAAGUUGUCACUUUCAAAAUUGAAAACAUUUCGGACCCGAAACCAGAAUCCCUGUGGAAACAAAAUACAAGAAUCUCAAUUGGAUGCUCCAGAAGAGAUGCCCACGCCGUGAUUGAAAAUGUGAUCCCUCUUGGAGACAUGCUCUACAUAUCAGCUAGAUUAUCCAGAGAAUUUGCCUUCGAGUUCACCGACGAGGUGCAUAUGGUGUCACAGAGAGAAAUGCCUGAUGGAAAAGGACUUGUCGAAGGGUUCGUGGAUAAGAUGGAGCAUGGAUCAAAUGGAGCGAGAAUUCUAACGGCUUUAUAUGGAGGACCAUGUCUGCCACAAGAACAACACCUCUUUGGGGUUCAUUACGAGUUUCCGGGAGCCAAUCCGAUUCGUUUGAACGUGGAUCAAAAUGAGUAUGUGAAUAGUAUCAUCCGAAAAGUUCCGAUUACCAUAGCCAACUCUCCUUUUGGAUGUGGAAAAUCAAUGACGAUUGCGACAGCAGCCUACUACAGUGUUCUUCGAUAUCGCACUGUCGAGAGGGAUCUACAUCAACAGCUUCUGGUUACGCAGAGUAACUUUGCCUCAGUCAACUUGGUGGACAUCACAAAUCGUUUCUCCGAUUUGUGUACAGUUGUUCGAUACGUGUCAUUAAGCAGUUGGAUGGAAUUGCCCGAUGAAUCAAGAACUGAGCUGGAUUUCCCAGUGCAAAUGCAAAAGUAUUUCAUCCCGUAUGUCACUGGAGAAAAAGAAAUCAACGACACGAUGCUGAUGAUUGAGAUGGCAAAAUAUUUGAAAGAGUAUCAAUUUCUCAAAGUCGAAGAAAUGGAUCCAGUGUGCCAACAUUUCUUCAGUAACUGCCCAGUUGUAGAAAGGCUGGAUUUGGAAAGGCUCAGCGAGUUUUUCUUCGAGUCGUUCAAUCCAGAGAUCGUUAUCACAACUGCCGAUUCCCUUCAAUCUGUGAUCCCAUUUCUGAGCAAAGGAAUCGACACAGUCCAGUUUGAUGAAGCUAGUCAGAUGCCAGAAUCUGCUUUGAUCGAAGUGAUUUCCAAUUUUCCCUAUGCAGACUUCGGACUCGUCGGAGAUAUCCAACAACUGCCUCCGUACUGUGACACAUUGCUCACGACCAACUUGAAGAGAUUCGGUAUUGGAAACACUUUGGAGCGAGCAAUUAAGAAUCGAUUAUUUCCUCAAUUCGUUCUUCGCAAUGUCUACCGAUGUCAUCCGUUCAUCACUGCUAUGCUUGGAGAUCUUUUCUAUGGAGGACGACUUGUUACCAAUGUAAAACCGAAUGAACGUGAUGAAUUCAUGAGAAGCCGUCCUGACUUUUGGCCAAAUCACGAAUGCCCGAUCAUGGUCAGACACAAUGGUACACCCAGUACCAGAUACCAUACAUCUAUGUUCAAUCAUGUCGAAGCUCUGAUGGUGAGCAGCAUCAUCGACCAAAUUUUCUCGCAUCCGAACUGCACUAUCCAACCGAAAGACAUCGGAAUUAUAUCAUUCUACAAAGCACAAACUACACGGCUAUUGGAAACGAUUAAAAACAAAGAUAUCAAAAUUGGAACCGUGGAUUCUUUCCAAGGAAUGGAGAGACAAGUUAUGAUCUUGUGUUGCACAAAUGAGAUGAUCAGCGGAUUCUUGGCAAACCCUAACCGUAUCAAUGUGUCCAUGUCAAGAGCCAAACAAGCUACAAUCAUUAUUGGAAACGUGAAUUCCCUCCGAAAUGCACAAUAUUGGAGAAGAUUUGUUAUGGAGGCAGAUCGAUACGGGUGCCUAUUGUAA